CGGAACAGAAACGCGAGAUUGAUAGACGACGACAGGAGAAUGCACGACGGGCGGCGAUGCAGCAGCAGCAGCAACAACAGCAGGCUGAGGAGAAGAAGAGAGCGGAUGAGGAGGAACAGGCGCGUCGGAAGUUUGCUCUGGCUAAUAGAAAUAGUCGAGUACCUCAAACGCGGGCAGUUGCUAAUUUGGUGGUAAGUACUUUCUGCUGUUGAAAAGAAAAGUGAGUCUUAUUAAUUUUUAUAUUAAUAGCGCACCGAGAUUGAGGAAGCGACGAAGCCUAUGAAGCGGAAUUUCCAGAUCGAUGGAGAGCCUGGUCGGCUGAAGAACUCUCUUGUGCCGACUACUGCUUCGAUGCAAGACCAGAGCAAGCGUCGUCGCACGGACGAAAUGAGCGGUUCUCCGAUCGAGGCUAAAGUGCGACACUCUGUCGUGCGCAAGGAUCAUCUGCAAGGCGGUGGUGCGUCGGCGCCUGGUAGUAAAGCGAUUGGUGGAAGGCAGGUGCCGAUUGUCGAGGGCGUCAAGUUCUCAAACGAAAAGAUUCGAUUCGCUGGGUCUGCCAGUGCUGCUUCUUCGACCGCGUCGUCCCAGGAGAGCAACGUUCAACCUACAUCCUCGUCGACGGCUACCGGCUCGGUUGGCGGUCCUGCGCGACGGACGACCAAUUCGGGUGAAAACGGUGCGCUGCCUUCGACCACGCCUGGUCGGCCUAACUUGAAGAAUGCUUCGCAGCACGGUAGUCAUGUGCGGUUGUCGCAGCUGGCGGCUAUGCCGGUUAACAGCGGAGAUCAUAUUGUUCUUCCCGAGAUCUAUAGCGAAUCGGAAGAUGAUGAGGAGGACUCUGUAAUCCUGGACUGGGCGCACUCACCAUACCUCAGAGAAACUUUACGAAAACAGCAACCGAUCGAUCCGGACACUGUGUUCGGUCCUGUUCCUCCACUGUCUAUGGAGGAGGUAUUCAGGAACCGAGCCGGCGUGUCGGCAGCUAGAUUCCGACCUCGCUCAUCGUCGGCCAAUUGGUCAAACAAUGACCGUCUGACGCCGCAGGAGAUCGAAGCCUAUGCGCAAGAGAUGGGGUAUAAUCGACCGCAGCCACAGCAGCAGGAUGCAGAGUGAUGAUGUUUGUAAUUUUUGAUCAUUGUGUUUGUUUUUGUGUUUUUGUCGCGAAGAACGAUGUGCGUUUCGUUUGCUUGAGAUAUAAACUGGUUCUGGACUGCAUCGAUAUUAGAUAUCGUUUAUUUGAACCUCUGGGAGGUGAAAAGAUUGAGUUUAGUAUACCAAUAGCAUAUUACGGAUUUAUCAAAAGUUGUU